AUGGACAAGCUGAAAUCGAAGACGGGAUGCUUAACAUGUGUGGCUCGGAGGAAGAAAUGCGACGAAGCAGAGCCCACAUGCGGACACUGUACACGCCUCCACAUCGCAUGUGUGAGGCGUGAGUCCACAACGGAUCGUGCAAUGGUCGUGAUCUCGUCAACCAACUUGAAGGCGAGGAAGACUCCGCAACUUCGGUCACCAAUCACGAACGGAUAUCCCUCCUUUGGUAACGACAUUGAGAGGCACAUGUCCAUUGCAAGUCCUGGUGCGCUGGCUGCGCUAGUGUCCUGCAUGGCCGGACCUGGAUUUCGAGACGUCGUCUUGUUUGGAACAUUCUGUGCGGAAAGUCGUCUGGUGCGUCGAGCGCUGGUCGCGUUCUCCGCGUACAGUCAAGGCCCACAGUGUGACGACUCGUACAAACUGUCCUUGCGAAGCUAUCAGUUCUGCAUCACGGAUAUGAAGCACAGUCGCUCAUACGAGCAUACAGAUGCUGCUGAACAGGAUCGGGUCAUGACGGCAAUCCUGUUCCUUGGUUUGCUCGAGGGUUUGAAGAUCGGUGACUCCAGCAAUGCAGUCGCCCACUUCGAAAUGUGCAGGAAGCUUCUGACGGCACGGCUAUCUCAGCCUGGAGUGCUGCACGAUGCCGCCUUGGUCAAACUGUAUCGCGUGGUAGCAGAAUGUAUCAUGUAUAACCUCGCAGCCCUCUCGCCUUUUCAUGCGGGAAUCAAUCAGGUGGUUACUGACUGGGGGAGCUCCUUCGACUGCUUGUUUCCUGGUAAUGACCAUGCACUGAGUCCAUUUCUGGGCGGAUUCCACGAUGUGUAUCGCUUGAUGCUGAGAAUCAACCUUCACCUUCGUCGAAUACCUUCAAUGCCCUCUGCCGUGUCCACAGUGCAGGGCAAGCAGACUCUGGAGGCUCUGUGGUGGGAGCUGCAUGCGCUCGAAGUGAAGCUUCCGGCCUCGUACCGUCGGGUCGAAGGUGCCGAAAGUACAAGGUUGUACAAGGCCAAACACAAGAUCUCUAUUCUCGCAUUGGGGAUUCAUUUGGCCAAGAUUUCCAACCCACUCGUCGCUUCAUCUGACAUGGUCAUCCGCGGAUACCUCCACGACGCCAUAGGUACCCUGGCAUGUCAAGACAUUCGCGAGCCUGGAAAUCCAGCAUUGCGAUGGCCAUUGACCAUUCUUGCUUGUGCUGCCGUCGGCAAAGAGGACUUUGCAUUCGUUGUGGCGAAGAUGAAAGAGCUGGAGAUGAUCCUUGACCCAUCGAAUCGCGGUAAGCUGCAGUCGGCGUAUACCAUUCUGCAGAGGUAUCGACAAGGAAAUCUUGAAUUGCACCUGCAGACCCAUCGUGGCAGCUGGACCCCUCAUGAGCAGCUGGACUUUUUACUCGAGCCACAGUUCUUGGAUCACAUCAGAGGUCCCGAUGUUCAACGGGAAGGAACUCUUUCCCCAGGUCGUUUGAUGAUCGAGCCUGUAAAGGACUUGAUGUGAAUUGACCCAUUGCCCAAAUAGACGUAGACGAAAAAGUGGUGCGAAGCUCGGGAGGUCCUUGUGAUCGUUCGCGUCAUGGAGGAAUCAGUUCUGGAACUGAGCCGCGCUGUGAGCCACGGCACACACGAGGACCGGCUCAUAGCCAGAAUUGACAUGUCGUACUCCCCAACAACGAGGGUGUGUCAGCAGCCAUAAUUGUAGGUAGAUCAAUCCGAGUGACGGAAGCGUGAGAGAAUGCGAAGACCUCUCACUGUCGGCCCGUGAUGAAGCUUCGAUGCUGAUGGGUACCAAACGGGGAGAUGGAACAACCGAGGGUCGCCACUGAGCAGAAAAUGUCGAAAGUGUCGAAAGUGUGAGAGGACAAAGAUGGAAUAAGUACCUAGCGAUCCUGUGCGUCCCGUAGACCACCCCAGCAGCCAAUGAAGAGCGGACGCGCCGUGCAUACAAGCUCCCCUGCAUUCAAGUGGGUCUGUCUGGU